UUGUCAGUACUGUGCUUGCAGCUGAGUUAGCUUGCAACAGUGUUAACAGAAAUUGGAUUUUUCUUUUUGCGAUGGGGAAACGAAAAUUGGUGGAAUUAACUCUGGAAAAGAAGAAAGAAGUUUUGGAUCUUCUGAAGAUAGGAGAAAGUUGCAGGAAGCUGGCAGAGAAAUACGGCAUCUCAAAAUCUACUGUUUCCAACAUCAACAGCAACAGAGCCGCAAUUACCGAUGCGUGGGAAAGGAAGUGUAAUGCACACAGAAAAAGACUACGAAAAACACCUCAUGAUGAACUAAAUGACAAAGUGUUAGAGUUUUUCCGGUGUUGUCGUGCAAAGAACAUUCCCAUUAGUGGCACACUUUUACAGGAGAAGGCUAGAGAAAUUGCAACUAGACUCCACACCGAAGAUUUCUCGGCGAGCAAUGGCUGGUUGGAUCGUUUCCGUAAACGAAAUAACAUAAGUCUGCACGUCCUUUCUGGCGAAUCAGCUUCUGCUGAUCUUCAAGCUGCUGAAGAUUGGAAACGCAAACUUCCAAGCCUUUUGUUGGGAUACGCAGAAGAGGACAUUUCCAACGCGGAUGAAACUGGAUUAUUCUACCGUCAACUUCCAACGCGAUCCUUAAUAGAAAUGAGAGACACAUGUAAAGGAGGGAAGAAAUGUAAGGGACGGAUUACUGUUUUGCUAUGUUGCAAUUCGCGAGGAGCGAAAUUAAAGCCAUUAGUUAUUGGAAAUGCUGCACGUCCUAGAGCUUUCAAAACGAACAAUGUGAAAUUGGACGACCUUCCCGAGGUGCCUGAUUCAGAUCUUAGCCAGGACACUUAUUAUCCUGAAGGUGUUCCAAAUUUUCAGGACUCUUAUCCUGAGCGUGUUUGUGUUUUUCCUCAGUCCCUCCAGGAAAAUGUCAAUAGUAUCCUGUAA